AUGAGUUUGCGGAGCUUGUCACUUGAAGAGGAUUUCUUCGUGUGGCGGCAUCAGCCAUCUGGCGAGGCGGACCGACUUCUUGGGGGGACAGAUUUGGCUCUGUCCUCGGCAUCCAGCGACUUGUCCACCGUUGGUGAAUUCGAGGAUGAUAUCGACUCUCUCCUCUGCUCUGUUGUCGAUGGGAGCGAAGGAGCUCUGAGGGAGAUUCGAGGUUGGCACUGUACGGAUCGGUCAAUCUCAUAUGUUGCUGAGAGGUGUCCUAAUCUUCAGGUACUUUGUGUUAAGUAUAGCCCAAAAGUUACGGAUAAGUCGAUGUGGGAGAUAGCCUUAAACUGCCCUAGCCUUAAGGAACUUGAUAUAAGCUGCUGUUUACAAAAUAUCUAG